AUGACUCGAUGUAGGCAUAAGCAUAACCAAGCAACAAGUUGCAGAAGGCACCAAUGUCCUAACGCAAUCUCGACAAGAAAUGAAAUAGAAAUGGUCCAGAUCAUCGUUCAUUGCGAUCAGUUAGCCGAAUGGUGCUUGAUAGAAUUACAAGGUCGACUCGAACAAUCCGAUGGCUGUAGUGAAAGUACUGAUCCAGCUAAAGUUGGAAAUAUUUAUUUCGAUGAUAAAAAUACACCCUAUAUUAUUAUCGGUAGCCAUAUAUUAGAUGGUAAAGUCGUACAAAUCGAUAAGCCAUUGGUUGUAUUAGAAAAAGGAACUUUGAAUGAUCAAUCUAGCGAAAGUGACAUGAAUCACGAAAACAAGAAUAAAAGCGUAGAAUAUAGUAUAAAAGGGAUAAUCAAAACAAAGCUAAUCUUCAAAAGUAGGCCUAAGCCUAUCGUAUUACAACAGUACGUUAAGAAAAGGCCAAGAGUAAAAUAA